GAACGAGGGGCGUAAAAUGCAACAACAGUAGCAACUGACACGGUUUAUAGACACUGAUUAAUCGAUUGCUAGUAUCUAGGGGGGGGGAAUGAAGACAUUUAGAGCAUACGGCAGGGUUAUAUAAUCUGGCUGUCGUUCCUAGCCUACAUACAGAGACAUCCACAGAAGGUACCAUCCCUUUGGCAUCAAUUGAAAGGGUUCACAGCCUCCCGUCCGCUCCCUAUUGGAGAAAGACGAAGACGAAGGGGGGGCGUUAGGCCCCGCCUCUGAUGGGCUGCUAUUGGUCAGUCGACCUUCCCUUAUUUGCCUCGCGGUUCUCUGAGGACUUGAUUGGACAGUUCGUUAAUCGGUCAGCGGUUAAGAUGGAUUUGUGGGCGGUGCUGGAAACUAAUGCGAAAACCCCAUGUUUAUAGGAUUUGACAGGAGCUGGAGUCUGCCUUGAGCUCAGCUGCUCACACAGGUUUGGAGUGGUCGGGGAGUGCGCCUGGGCUGUACUAUUAGAGAAGUGUUUAGGUAUUCUAAAGCACCCCCUACCCAAAAUAAAAAAAAGAUGCAGUGAUGACAGUGUAUUUGAAAAUAUAAACCGCACCUUAAACUGAUUUAAAUAGUGUUUUAUUCCGGAUUAAAUGUCGUUUUAUAAAGUGCAAAAGUGCAGGUGCACCAGCAUCAGCAGGGAAGGGUCAGAGUAAGGACUUGGGAGUGUGUUAAAUGAAAAAAUAAGUUCUUGCGUCAGAGAGAUUUAAAAAAAAAAAGAAAUAAUUCACCAGGACAUGGGAGACAGAACAGCUCCAAAUGGUCACCUCCGGCUGGAAUGGGUCUACGGCUACCGAGGACACCAGUGCCGCAACAACCUGUACUACACGGCGGCGAAGGAAAUUGUCUAUUUCGUCGCCGGAGUGGGGGUAGUUUAUAACACAAGGGAACACAAGCAAAAAUUUUAUUUGGGACACAACGAUGACAUAAUCAGUUUAGCUCUGCAUCCUGAACGAGUGCUGGUGGCGACUGGACAGGUGGGAAAGGAGCCAUAUAUCUGUGUGUGGGACUCCUACACCGUGCAGACGGUCUCCAUUUUAAAGGACAUCCACACGCAUGGGAUUGCGUGCCUGGCCUUUGACCUGGAGGGACAGUGUUUAGUAUCAGUGGGUUUGGAUUCGAAAAACACGAUCUGCGUGUGGGACUGGCGGAGGGGGAAAGUACUUGCUGCAGCUCCAGGCCACACAGACAGGAUAUUUGACAUCUCAUGGGAUUUGUACCAGCCAAGCAAGCUAGUGAGCUGUGGAGUCAAACACAUCAAGUUUUGGAGCUUAUGCGGCAAUGCUCUGACCCCCAAAAGAGGAGUGUUUGGUAAAACCGGGGAUCUCCAGACGAUCCUGUGUCUGGCCUGUGCUCGAGAUGAGGUCACUUACUCAGGAGCUCUUAAUGGAGACAUUUAUGUCUGGAAAGGAAUCAGCCUUGUGCGAACUGUGCAGGGGGCACAUGGGUCAGGAAUUUUCAGCAUGAACGCUUGCGAAGAGGGCUUUGCUACUGGGGGUCGAGACGGCUGCGUCCGCCUGUGGGACUUGAAUUUCAAACCAAUUACAGUGAUUGAUCUCAGGGAAACAGACCAGGGAUAUAAAGUAACUAGAGGUGAAAAUUGCAGAGGGCUGUCGGUGAGGAGCGUGUGCUGGCGAGGCGACCACAUCCUGGUGGGCACGCAGGACAGCGAGAUCUUCGAGGUGGUGGUGCACGAGCGCAACAAGCCCUUCCUGAUCAUGCAGGGCCACUGCGAGGGGGAGCUCUGGGCCCUGGCCGUGCACCCCACCAAGCCCCUGGCCAUGACGGGGAGCGACGACCGCUCCGUGAGGAUAUGGAGCCUCAUUGACCAUGCAUUGAUUGCCCGCUGCAACAUGGAAGAGCCCAUCCGCUGUGCUGCCGUGAGUACGGAUGGAAUCCAUCUUGCUCUCGGAAUGAAGGAUGGCUCUUUCACUGUCCUGCGGGUCAGAGACAUGACGGAGGUGGUGCACGUCAAGGACCGCAAGGAGGCGAUCCACGAGCUGAAGUACUCCCCGGACGGGGCCCACCUGGCCGUGGGCUCCAACGACAACGCGGUGGACAUCUACGGGGUCGUGCAGCGGUACAAGAAAGUGGGCGAGUGCAUCGGCUCCACCAGUUUCAUCACCCAUAUGGACUGGUCCGCGGACAGCAAAUAUUUGCAGACGAAUGACGGGAGUGGGAAAAGACUGUUUUUCAGGAUGCCGGGUGGGAAGGAAGUCACGAAUAAAGAAGAGCUGAAGCUUGUUCAGUGGUCAACGUGGACCUGUGUUCUGGGCCCAGAAGUGAACGGAAUAUGGCCCAAAUAUUCCGACAUCAAUGAUAUAAAUUCAGUAGACGCAAACUUCAACAGCCACGUUUUAGUUACGGCCGAUGAUUAUGGAUUAGUAAAGCUUUUUCGCUAUCCUUGUUUAAAGAAAGGUGCAAAGUUUAAAAAAUAUUUAGGCCACUCUGCUCAUAUAACAAAUGUGAGAUGGUCACAUGAUUACCAGUGGGUUAUUACUAUUGGUGGAGCUGACCACUCUGUGUUCCAGUGGAAGUUUGUCCCUGAAAGAAAAGCAAAAGAUGCUCUUCACAUAGCUCCUCAAGAAACCUUAGUGGACUCCAACAGCGAAGAGUCAGACUCCGACCAGUCCGACGUGCCUGAGAUGGACUCGGAGAUCGAGCAAGAGACGCAACUCACAUAUCGCCGGCAGGUUUACAAAGAAGAUCUACCUCAACUUAAAGAGCAAUGCAAAGACAAACACAGAGGCACCUCAACGAAGAAAAGGGAGAGAGCCCCAGGCAGCACUGUCAGACUGCACUUUGUGCACGGAUACCGGGGUUAUGACUGCAGGAGUAACCUGUUUUACACGCAGACUGGAGAGAUUGUGUACCACGUGGCUGCAGUGGGGGUGGUGUACAAUCGACAGCAGAACACACAGCGUUUUUACCUCGGGCACGAUGAUGACAUCCUCUGCCUGGCAAUCCACCCUCUCAAGGACUAUGUAGCAACAGGCCAGGUGGGGCGAGAUUCUUCUAUUCACAUAUGGGACACCGAGGUGCUGAAACCCUUGUCUGUCCUGAAGGGAUAUCACCAGUAUGGCGUUUGUGGUGUGGAUUUUUCAGCGGAUGGCAAGCGAUUGGCUUCAGUGGGGCUGGAUGACAACCACACUCUUGUUCUGUGGGACUGGAGGAAGGGAGAGAAGCUCUCGGCAGUCAGAGGGAGCAAAGACAAGAUUUUUGUUGUCAAAAUAAAUCCAUACAUGCCAGAGAAGCUCAUCACGGCUGGAGUGAAGCACAUGAAAUUCUGGCACAAAGCAGGCGGGGGGCUGAUAGGGAGAAAAGGCCAUGUGGGGAAGAUGGAGACCAUGAUGUGUGCUGUGUACGGGUGGACAGAGGAGAUGGUCUUCUCAGGAACCUGCACUGGAGACCUCUGCAUCUGGAGGGACAUGUACCUCAUCAAAACCGUCAAGGCUCAUGAUGGGCCUGUGUUCAGCAUGCAUGCACUGGAAAAGGGGUUUGUCACAGGAGGGAAGGAUGGAGUUGUCGCUCUCUGGGACGACACCUUUGAACGAUGCCUCAAGACGUAUGCCAUCAAGAGAUCUGUGCUUGCUCCGGGUUCCAAAGGUCUGCUGCUGGAAGACAACCCCUCCAUUCGAGCCAUCUCUCUGGGUCAUGGCCACAUACUGGUCGGCACCAAGAACGGGGAGAUCUUGGAGGUGGACAAAAGUGGACCGAUAACACUGCUGGUUCAGGGCCACAUGGAGGGGGAAGUGUGGGGCCUGGCCACUCACCCCCACCUCCCGCUCUGCGCCACCGUGAGCGACGACAGGACCCUGCGGAUAUGGGACCUCUCUCCGAGCCACUGCAUGCUAGCCGUACGGAAGCUCAGGAAAGGGGGGCGGUGCUGCUGCUUCUCUCCCGAUGGCAAGGCCCUGGCUGUGGGGCUCAACGACGGCAGCUUCAUCAUCGUCAACGCCGACACGCUGGAGGACCUGGUCUCCUUCCACCACAGGAGGGACGUCCUUUCCGAGAUCCGGUUCUCGCCAGGUGCUGGGAAGUACCUGGCUGUGGCGUCCUGCGACAGCUUCAUCGACAUCUACAACGUCAUGAGCAGCAAGAGAGUGGGAGUCUGCAAAGGGGCGGUGAGCUACAUCACUCAUCUGGACUGGGACAAGAGAGGGAAGCUUUUGCAAGUAAACAGUGGUGCUAAAGAACAGUUAUUCUUUGAAGCCCCCCGUGGCAAAAAGCAGACGAUUCCAGCAUCUGAGGUGGAGAAGAUCGACUGGUGCUCGUGGACCUGUGUUUUGGGCCCCUCGUGUGAGGGCAUCUGGCCUGUGGUCAGCGACGUCACAGACGUGACCGCUGCCUGCCUGACCAGCGAUAAAAAGGUCUUGGUCACUGGGGAUGAUUUUGGCUACGUCAAACUGUUCAGGUAUCCCGUGAAGGGAAAGUUUGCCAAGUUCAAGAGGUACGUCGCUCACAGCACGCACGUCACCAACGUGCGCUGGACACACGACGACGCCCUGCUGGUGACUGCGGGAGGGGGGGACACUUCCCUGAUGAUCUGGACCCACGAGCCGGAGGGCCACCGGGAGAGUCGGCAGGGCGACAGCGAGGAAUCGGACAUUGAAUCGGAAGACGACGGGGGAUACGACAGCGAUGUGACGAGGGAGAAUGAAAUCAACUACACCAUCAAGGCCUUAUCGACCAACUUUCGACCAAUGUCAGGGAUCAAGCCACAUCUGCAGCAGAAGGAGCCAACUGUUGACGAAAGCCUGCUGCUGGGAAGAGGGUCCAGACCCCCUGUAAGUAGGGCGUUGCCGCAACCUGAGAAGCUGCAGACCAACAAUGUGGGUAAGAAGAAGCGCCCCAUCGAGGACCUGGUGCUGGAGCUGGUGUUCGGCUACAGAGGCAACGACUGCAGGAACAACGUCCACUAUUUAAACGAAGGAGCCGACAUCAUAUAUCACACGGCCUCGGUGGGGAUUGUUCUCAGUCUGACUACAGCUUGUCAGAGUUUUUACAUGGAGCAUACAGAUGACAUUCUGUGCCUGACCAUUAACCAGCACCCCAAAUUCCCAAACGUGGUGGCAACAGGCCAAGUAGGUGACUCUGCAGACAUGUCAGCCACCUCUCCCUCCAUCCACGUGUGGGACGCCAUGAACAAGCAGACUCUGUCGGUGCUGCGCUGCUUCCACACCAGGGGCGUCUGCUCCGUCAGCUUCAGCGCCACGGGGAAGCUGCUGCUGUCUGCGGGGCUCGACCCGGAGCACACCGUCACGAUCUGGAAGUGGCAGGAAGGUGCCAGGGUCGCCAGCCGGGCGGGCCACACCCAGCGCAUCUUUGUGGCGGAGUUCAGGCCGGACUCGGACACCCAGUUUGUGUCGGUGGGGAUUAAGCACGUGCGCUUCUGGACGCUGGCUGGGCGAGCGCUGCUCAGCAAGAAGGGCGUGCUCAGCUCCAUCGAAGAGGCCAGGAUGCAGACCAUGCUCUCCGUGGCGUUUGGAGCUAAUAACUUGACAUUUACAGGUACCAUAAGUGGGGAUGUGUGUGUUUGGAAGGAGCACAUUCUAGUUCGAAUCGUGGCCAAAGCCCACACAGGCCCAGUCUUCACCAUGUACACCACGCUGAGAGACGGGCUGAUAGUCACAGGGGGCAAGGAAAGACCGUCAAAGGAAGGGGGGGCCCUGAAGCUUUGGGACCAGGAGUUAAAGCGAUGCCGGGCUUUCCGACUGGAGACCGGCCAGAUCAUCGACUGCGUGCGCUCCGUGUGCAGGGGCAAGGGCAAAAUCUUGGUCGGCACAAGAAAUGCAGAGAUCAUCGAAGUCGGGGAGAAGAAUGCGGUGUGCAACAUCCUCGUCAACGGGCACAUGGACGGGCCCAUCUGGGGCCUAGGGACCCACCCCACGCGGGACGUCUUCCUGUCUGCGGCCGAGGACGGCACCGUGCGGCUCUGGGACAUUCCCGAAAAGAAGAUGCUCAACAAAGUGAACCUGGGCCACGCGGCCCGCACUGUCAGCUACAGCCCCGAAGGGGACAUGGUGGCCAUCGGCAUGAAGAACGGGGAGUUCAUUAUCCUGCUCGUGACCUCGCUGAAGAUCUGGGGCAAGAAAAGAGACCGCAGGUCCGCCAUCCAAGACAUACGGUUCAGUCCCGACUCUCGCUACCUCGCUGUGGGCUCCAGUGAGAGUGCUGUGGAUUUCUAUGACCUGACUCUGGGGCCGGCUCUCAACAGAGUCAACUGCUGCAGAGACAUCCCUAGCUUCGUCAUGCAGAUGGAUUUCUCCGCCGACAGCAACUUUAUUCAGUUGUCGACUGGAGCCUACAAACGCCUGGUAUAUGAGGUGCCUUCAGGAAAGCAGGUUACAGAGCAGGCAGUGAUCGACAGGCUGACAUGGGCUACAUGGACUAGUGUCCUGGGUGACGAGGUGGUGGGGAUCUGGUCCCGCAAUACUGAUAAAGCCGACGUCACCUGUGCCUGUGUCUCGCACUCUGGUCUCAACAUCGUCACAGGCGAUGACUUCGGAAUGGUAAAGCUGUUUGACUUUCCAUGUCCAGAAAAGUUUGCUAAACACAAAAGGUUUCUUGGUCAUUCCGCUCAUGUGACAAAUAUCCGAUUUGCGUGUGGGGACCGGUACGUGAUCAGUGCCGGUGGCGAUGAUCGCAGCCUGUUUGUGUGGAGAUGUGUCCAUGCUCCUCACUGAAGGCGGUCCUUGCACAGGGGCAGCAUGGGGAGAUGUCAGCAUGACCCAGGAGGAGGGGAGCUGUGAGAGACGUCCUCCUUCAGGACAACUGCAUGGUUUUUUUUUUUUAAAAAAGGCAAAUGAGAGUCUGGCAGCUAGAACAAUGUAACUCAACUUACUCACUGCCCAAGAUCCACUUUUUCAAAAAAAGGUACGAGAGGUGUGUGUCUGAGAUGCUACAACAUACAGUACACCUCCAUGAACCCAAUUCCUGUGCAUCAGACACAACCUUCUUUUUCUGUGGUACACAAGGAGAGCCUUUCAUUCAAUCAUGAGGACUCUAAAAUAGCCACCAGCUUCACCUUCUUUUAAUUAAAAAAAAGUUUUCUUUAAAGUUUUUGAUAUUUUUGGGGGGGCAGGAUUGUACCAGUGAGAUAGAUGCAGAUUGUAAAAUGCCAUUUUUCAUAGGUGUAGCAAACAUGUUGAGCCUUAAAUGAACUGUUUUCUUUUUUGGAACAUCUGUAAGGCUUAGGUGAAACAUUUCAGGUUGGUUUUUAUAUUUUGAGAUUUUUGUUUGCUAAUGAGUGUUUGAAUGAGGAAAAUAAAGUAUCCCGAGGCCUUCUUCCUGAAUGUACCAUCCGAAUUAUGUCCUGGAUGUCAGCAUGCCAAAGCAUACUAUGCACUAUAUACUUGUACCAAUCACUGUGGUAACCCUGAUGGUUUGUUAACGUAAUUGUGCUGUUUACCAUUUUAACCCAAGAAUAUUGUGUUAAUAACUUAAAAAUGUGAUCCUGUCAACCAUAACGUAGCACUGACUUGUGCAAAUGAUCUGAUACCUAUGUACAUAUUCACUGUGUGUGUAUGUGCGUGUCUGUUUGUGUGGGCGCGCGCAUGGCUUUAAUGAACUAAGAACAGACAAUCCCUUUGAACCAAAAGAAAAAAAAAAUCAGAACUUUGGCUUUUACUGCACUUGUUUUCCUUCUCCCUGGAUCACUAUUUUAAGUGUGCUGCUAAAACGUUUUCUAAAAUCAUAUCAAUGGAAAACUGAGGUAUUGUACUGUAGCUAUUUUUUACACAAAAAACCAUAACAGCUCUAAUCUUGCUCAACAGGAAUGUCUUACUGAACUGAGAAUCCGUCUAAGUGCAAAAAUGUUUUUUUCCUGAUUAUCAUUAUUUUGUACAUAAGUUUCAUAGGUACAAGGUUCAGUGCUACUGAAUAUUAGUUUUCCUGAUAUCAAUAUGUAUAAUUUGUAAAGACAUUCUUUUGUAUAUUUUUUGUGAAAUGUUUCUUAAAAAAAUUUUAAUAAAUCAUUUUCGGAUA